CCCACCCACUGCAAAUCCUCACCUGGUUGAUGUUGAUGCCUUGGAUGCCUUGUUUCUGAACUGCUGCCGCUGCCGGGUGAGCUCCUCAGAAAAUUAUCAUCGAGGCGCAACGAGCACUUCUCGAUAUUUCGCCAUCCCCAUCUCCCACCACACCCCCCAACCGCCCUGGACCUCCUGUCGUCUUUCGCAUCUCGCCAUUGAUCUCCCCCUCCAUUUCUUCCUAAUACUUAGGCAACAUGUCCUCGAUCAUCGGCGAUAAUGACGCUCCUUUGGCAUUCCUGCUCAACAACCCAGUCGGCGCCCUGCUCGCAGAUACAUAUAAUGGAUUCCAGGAGCGGAGAGCCGCAUUGGGGCUGCCAAAUCCAGGAACGACGGAAAAUAUCGCCAGAGAGGUGCAGCGUGAUGUCUUCUUGAACCAAUACACCUUUUCUGGCCUACGGGCAGAUCUCACCAAGGCUUUCAGCAUCGCUCCUUUAUUCCAGGUUUCUCAUGCCUUCUCGAUGGGCUCUCAGGGUCUGCCUCCAUACGCAUUCGCUGCUUUAUUUGGUACCAAUAAGGUUCGUCAUUACUAUGAGAUUUGGAUACAAUGAUACUUGAUGGGCCGGAUAGUCGACCCCCACGAGUUCUACUGUAACAUGCGAAGCAUCUCUACAAUUACAACAGCUGACGUGUGGUACUGCAGGUUUUUAUGCAAGGGAAUAUCGAUAAUGAUGGUCAACUCUCAGCCAGAUUCAACUACCGAUGGUCACCAGCCUUCGUUACCAAGACGAUGGUCCAAGUCGCGCCGGGCAACCAAUCGAUGUUACAGUUGGAUAACGAGUAUGUGGGCGCCGACUUUACAGCAUCUCUCAAGACUUUGAAUCCCUCAGCGAUAGAUGGCGGCCUCACGGGAAUUUUCAUUGGUAGUUACCUGCAGUCAGUGACUCCAAGCCUUGCUCUUGGGUUGGAAGCAAUCUGGCAACGCUCAGCCCUCAACCAAGGUCCAGAAACGGCCCUUUCAUACUGCGCAAAAUACAAAGGAAGUGACUGGAUUGGUACGGCACAAUUGGCAGCAGGAGGAGCUUUCAGUACAUCUUAUUGGCGAAGACUCACAGACAAAGUCGAAGCUGGUGUGGAUUUGAACCUUCAAUUCGUGGGGUUGUCUGGUGCCGGGAUGAUGGGUGGAGCCAAGAAGGAGGGUGUCGCAACAGUUGGAGCCAAAUACGACUUCCGAAUGUCAACUUUUAGAGCUCAAGUAGACUCGACAGGAAAGUUGGGAUGUCUAUUGGAGAAGAGAGUGGCGCCAAUGGUGCAAUUGACUUUUGCUUCGGAGAUGCACCACGCUACGGUUCGUAAUUCUUUUCACAUACUCUAAGACCCAAUACUGACCAAUCGAUUAGCAAUCUGCCAAGAUUGGUGUUGCCGUCAACAUCGAAUCAGGUGGUGAAGAACUCCAACAAGAACAAACUGGUCCACCAGCUCAGAUCCCAUUUUAGACAAUGUAAAAUCUAAACGACUUACCCCUCCACUCUAAUUGAUACAUAAUGCCUCGGAACGAAAACAACGCCUCUCGGACAUGACCUGUCUUGGUUCUUCCUCCCAAUCCUCUAUUUUCGACCUACCCCUUGUCUUACUACCUUUUCAACAAUGGAAAAGCGACAUUUCCAAUGUUGUAAUACCCUCACCUGGCGUGUUCUCCUGUUGGUGUGGUUACUUACUCCUGGAAAAAAAUGGGCCCUUCUGCAUAUUUGGUGGAUCAGAAAUGGAAAGAUGCGACGAACAUAGAUUUUUUUCCCUUCUUUUCUUGUUUUGAUGUUGUUUCUUCUUCUAUGGGUGGGCGGUAGCUGCUGCAUCUUUUCCGGGGCAACUUUGACUUAUUAAUGCAAAACGUGU